AAAACAAUUAUUUGCAUUUUAAUCGCGAUCAAAACAAAAGUUUUCGUGACAUAAACAAUUGACAUUUGUCAAUCAUGGACCGCGCAAAUCCGUUCAACACUCCAAUUACGUGUCACCUCUGAUCAUCAUUAGAGACCAAAGUCGCUUAAAUCAGACGAGAAAAGCAUUUAAAACCGCCCUUUGUGAUACUUUAUUCCAAAGAAUAUGCUUCAAUCGGUAGCGGAAUUUGUCUUGCAAUAUUCACCGCAGUCGAGUCCACAGACGUUCUCAUCUCUCGUAUUGGUGACUGCUGCAAUCUUCUGCAUUGUGAGCGUCUUACUAAGCCUUGUUCGGCAAAGGAAACUUGCUGUUAAGUCAGUCGAUGGAGUACCGGGACCGGAUGGUCACUGGCUGAAGGGACAUCUUGAUUACGUAAGUUUUAAACAAGCUGAGUCAGGUUGUGGGCCGUACCAAUACCUGUGCUACUUAUUGUGGUCAAAUGGAAAUUUCAAAAAUGGCUUUUUCAGAAGCCUAUUACAGCAAAUCAUGAUAUUCUUCUUUCAGGAAAAAUGGUCUUCUCAGCAGGGUGGGGAAGUGGAGUUGUUUCAUCAUGUUAGUCUGAUGACAUUAGACUCCGUUCUCAAAUGUGCACUCAGCUACAGAACCAACUGCCAGACUCAAAAAAAACAGGACCCUUACAUUGUGGUUGUUUAUGAAGCCUCGGGUCAGAUUUUGGACAGACUGAUGAAUCCCCUCAUUCAUAAUGACACCAUCUAUAAGUUGACGCCUGACGGAAGAAGGUUCUUUAAGAACUGUGCAUUUGUUCAUGCAAAAGCAGAUGGAAUAAUAAAAGCCCGGCGUAAAGCUCUACAGGAUGACGAGGAGAAGGAGAAACUCAGGAAAAAGAAGCAUUUGGAUUUCCUUGAUAUUCUACUGGAGGCAAAGGACGAAAAUGGAAGCAGCUUAACAGACGAAGAAAUAGUCGGAGAAGUCGUGACAUUCAUGUUUGCGGGGCACGACACCACGGCGAGCGUUAUUUCAUGGACUUUGUACAAUUUGGCCAGAUUCCCUGAGCACCAAGAGAAAUGCCUGGAGGAGAUUGAAGAAGUGUUUGGAAACAGUUCUGAGAUAGAGUGGAAGCAGCUCGGCAAACUGAAAUAUCUCCUCAUGUGUAUCAAGGAGAGUUGCCGGUUAUUCGCCCCAGUCCCCAUUAUCAGUCGAACAUUGGACAGGACCUAUGAAAUUGAUGGCCAUUUGGUGCCGGAAGGUACUUGGGUGAUGACCAACGUCUACGCUUUACAUCUUAACCCACACGUGUGGAGAGACCCUAAGAAGUUCGACCCACUGCGCUUCACGACUGAAAACGCUAAAGAAAUGUCACCAUAUGCCUUCAUACCGUUUUCGGCUGGUCCAAGGAACUGCAUUGGACAAAGCUUUGCCUUGACGGAAGUCAAACUGUCUUUGGCUAUGAUCAUACGCAAGUUCAAGUUAUCUGUCAAUCCUGACAAUUACGUGCCAAUCGAAGACAUGAUUCCUGAGCUAAUUUUGCGAGCUAAGAAUGGGAUAAAAGUCAAUAUUGCCCCACGAGCUUAAAGAAAACACCCACACACACACACACCACAUUAUAGCAUUCGCUAUAACUUAUGAUCAUUAGAUUUACUUGCAAGAUUUCAGCGAAAGGGUUCUUUAUACAACUACUACAUUUGCUGUCAAGUGUUCUAUAUAAACAUGUUUCGCAAAACCGUUGCAAAUAGUCAAAUGAGUGCCGUAAAUGCUGAUUACGGAUAUAGUAAGUAGAUGUACAACGAGGUUUCACGCAUUUUAAACCAAAAUAAAAUAUCUCCAUGGUCGAAAAAAA